AUGGGUUAUAUGGAAGGUAAUCUCAGUGGUGUGGACUAUACCUAUGCUGGAGGCACUGCACAUUAUCCAUUAUGGAAGCCGCCAAGUGGAUAUUUUCCACGAGGUGAAGCCCCGCCACCAUAUGAAGAAGCAGUCGCUGUUUCACAAGCUGAAACAUUAAGCACGCAAUGUAAUGCUAACGCUCCCAUAGCAUCAACCACGCAACGCGCUUUGGGUAUAAAUUCUGUUGAAGCCACAAACAACGAUAUACGUCGCAAUAAUCCUCCGCAGCAAGCAAAUGUCCAAUCACAACAUGCACUACAGUUGCAUCACCCACCGAGCACAACACAAUCAAUACAGCACGUUGGUGCGUUGCACUCACCACAUCAACAAUCAAAUCAAAUAACUCAAAGCACCACCAAUUUAAUAAAUAUAAACAUUAACAGUGGCGGCAACGUCACCACAAUAGCCACUGGAGAAAAUCAUCAGCCACCGUUUAGUUUGCAAAAUGAGAAUAUUAAUAUGUUGAACGCCACGCAAGAACAACAACAUUUACAACAACAAAAUCAAUUAAUUAAUGGCAACAACAUGGCAGGACGGUUGCAUUUGACGCCUAAUAAUUCAAUUUGUGUGCAAACCAUAACUGCUGCACAGCAACAGAACCAAAUGGUUGUUGCAACUCCAACUACAAAUACCGCAAAAAUGCUGCAACAUUCCGUAACACCUCAGCAAACACUACAUCCAACUCAUCACCAAACACAUCCGCAACAAUCAAGUAAUUGUCAGCUUCAAAUACCUACGCCGGAAUGCAAUUAUAAAAAUUGUCAUCUAAAUAUCAGCGCUAGUAUCAAUAAUGCAACACAGCAACGACACUUGCAACGCACAACUAUGCCUCUGCAUACUGCACAAGACAUAUUGCAACACCAGAGUUCAAGCAAUCGCAUAUCUAAGGAUCUUCCUUACAUUGGUAUUGACUAUGACAUAUCGGGAUCAGCAUCAGUACCUCACUCUAACAAUCCAUCAAUGAUGACCAUCAAUGGUUCACCAACUUAUCAGCCACCAAUAAAUUACCAUUCGUCUGCAUAUAAACGUCCGAAUGUUUUCAUUACAAAACGUAUAGGGGAAGCUGUAGAAUUAGAGCCUCAUUUACGACCCCCUGUUAAAGUUGUAAACCCACAGUUUCGUCCUAUGACAAAUCAAAUGCUACAUCAUCAACAACAACAGCAGCAGCAACAACAACAACAACCUGGAUUUUUACAACAAUUAUUUGGCAUAGGAUCAAGUACUAAUACUCUUUCCAUUGCACCGUCAAUGUCAAAUCUACCACAACAACAACAACAACAACAGCAACACCAAGGUAGGCCAGUUCCCCUGCAGCAUAAUACAGUACAACACAACAUGCCACAAACUUUUCGUGCUGUUUCGGAAAAUGAUUUAUAUCUGUUAGGUGCAAUUGAGAAACUGGUUUACCGUGUAGAUUAUCUUGAAAGUCGAAUACGUCGCGCUGAACAACUGAUAUACUAUCUUAUGGCGGGAAACAAUCAAAAAGAAGUGAAAGAUCCCUGCCCGAGUAAUUUCACGCGUAUUAGUGACAAUUGUUAUUUUAUCAACAGUCAAUUGCAAGUAAAUUGGAAAACUGCGAAUUCCGCAUGUAAAGCUCUUGGUGCACAUUUGGCGGAAUUUGAAAGAGUUUCGGAAAACGAAGAGAUUAUGGCAUAUUUAUUAAAUCAACCGAAUCAUCGGGGCCGUGAAUAUUGGUUAGGUGGUCUAAAUCCGGGUCUUUUAUGGAUUUGGUCUAAUUCAGCCAAACCGGUUAAUCCAAAUAUGAAUCUUACCUCUAUAGCUAUGUCACAUGAAAAUGGCACUGGUUCUUCAAACUCAGAAUCAAUAACUGUUGACAAUAGUGAUGAGAAUAAAGUUGAAGAAUCGACUAAUGAGACUGUACUCAAUAAUACUAUUGAAAUUAAAGGCCAAGGGCGUUGUCUACGUUUGUCAUACAAUCCAACAAAGCAUUUUUACUAUUACUACGGUCAGGAAUGCACAUCACGCCAUCAUUAUAUAUGUGAAUAUGAAGACAAAACUUUAGAUAACAAAAUAAAAAAAAUUACGAGAGAAUUGAAAAUAUUCGAUUAA